UGGGCCGCGGUGUGUACCUUCAGACACCUGCGUGCUGGAGGGAGCCCUGCUCACGGCCCCGCGUCCGUCUGUCCUGACCCGCCUAUCCUGCCCCACGUCGCUGACCGCAACCUCCCCCGCGACCUCAUCUCUGAGGACCCGGCCGGCCGCCCGGCUCUCGUCCCCCGCGCCCGCGGAGCCCACCGCCCGCGACCUCGGCCGGAGGAUGCUGGAGUCCAUUCGCGUGACGGAAAAGCUUCACUGGCCCGAGCAGGAGCUGGCCCAGAAGUCUGUGCUGACCGCCGAAGAGGCCGUGGCCGCGGACCGCCGCCGGAGCGCCUCCCAGUUACCGCCCGGGAUCCUGAAGGACAUCUUCACCACCGGCACCAGCAGCUACAAUGUCCUCCUCCAGAGCAGAGAGGAGAGGAGGCAUCAGUCGCAGCGGCGGCCUUCCUCCGCCCAGCCCAAGCGAUGUGGGAAGCCCAGCAAGUCGCCCUGCUCGCCCCACGGCAAGGAGCUGCGCAAGACCAGGGCCCUGGUGCCGGGGCUGAGCGGCGGCGCCUGGUGCUGCCUCGACCGGCAGCCUGCCGCCUUCAUCAAGAGCGCCCUGUCGAGUCCCGUGGCCUUUACACACGGUAUCUCUGUUACAGGGAACAGCAUAGCCCUGACACCCAAAGCCAAACACAAGGUCAAGCGGCACCAUUUCUCCCCUCUCCCCAAGCCGAGGCCGCAGCCCCCGCCGCAGCUGUGUCGGAGUUUUGAGAAAGAUGAUUCUUCUGGGAAGAAAUUUUGCAUUCUGACUGCCAUAAAGCCCACCAACCUGGAGAGGGAGAAGCUCAGGUUCUUCAAGUCCGACUACACCUACGACCCGCAGUUUGAGUACGGGAACCCCUCUCUGCCCAGCGUGCUGGCCAAGCACAGCAACGCGUCGGACCGCUUUCUGAAGCAGGCCAUCAAUAUUAUGGAGCUGACUUUACAGAAAUAUGGGAGCUAUGAGAAGUUUGAGCAGGCCACGGGCGGGAGCCUGCUGUCCAAGACUCGGAUCUGGAGCCACGUCAGGAAGUACAUGAUGAAGGAAGGCUGCCUGGGGGAGGUCGUGGUCCACCUCACCGAGGACCUGCUCUCCCGCGCCUCCAUGACGGUGGUCAACGGCUGCCCCACGCUGACCAUCAACGUGUCCACUGCACGUGAGCACUGGCUGGAGGGAAUGCUGAGGCACGAAAUCGGCACUCAUUACUUCCGGGGCAUCAACAACCUGCAGCAGCCCUGGGGCAGCUGGACGGGCCGCAGGAAGCACGAGCUGAAGCCCAACAACCCCACGGAGGAGGGGCUGGCGAGCAUCCACAGCGUCCUGUUCAGGAAGGACCCCUUCCUGUGGCGGGCUGCGCUGCUCUACUACACCGUGUUCCAGGCCAGCCGCCUGUCCUUCUGCGAGCUCUUCCGGGACAUCGGGAGGUUUGUCAAGGACCCCAACACGAGGUGGGAUUACUGCGUGCGGGCCAAGAGGGGCUGCACCGACACGGCCCAGCCAGGGUGCUUCAGUAAAGACCAGGUGUACCUGGACGGCAUCCUGCAGCUGCUGCGGCACCGGGACUCCAUCGACUUCCCCCUGCUGACCGCCCUGGGCAAGGUCUCCUAUGAAGACGUGGACCGCUUGAAGGAGCUGGGCGUCACCGAGAACAUGAGGGUCCCGCAGUUCCUGCUGGACCAGGAGCGGUACAUGGAGCACUUGGAGAAGAUCAUGGAAGUGAACGAGCUGACCGACAGGGAGCUCAGAGACCUUAUCUGUUAGUUAGCAUCCUUGCGAGCAGCGCGGAAGCGUCCCCUAUAUUCCCUUCGGUGCCUCGGCACCGGCAGAUUUGUAAAGGAAGAGGACUGUUUACACGAGUUUCUGCAGACUGGUCGGCAGUUUUCAGCUGCAUGUUUAGGAUAAGUACCAACCUGAAACUGUUUCGAACGCGGGUUCCACAGGCUGCAAGGGAAGUGACCUGAUUUCAUCUGAUUCCAUCCGAUUCUCCACAGAGGCCGAUGAAAAGACUACUGAGGCGUGUUUUUGAAGAAUCUUGGUCAAACCGAGCGAUAAACUUCUGCCUGAGCACUAAGACCAGCUUCGGCUACAGCCUGCCUCCCGCACUGUUCACACGCCACGGUUACGUGUUAUUUCACGAGGAUGGCCAUUAUUCUCCUCUGAAAAGUUAGUUUUUUAUGCCCCCCGAACAGCUCCAUCUAAGAUUUCUUAUUUCUCUUCCAUGUUAAGUAAUGUUAAGGGGGUGGGGACAAUUUGAAAAGUUUCAUUAAUUCUUUACAUCUUAUUUUUUCACCUUACCAGUUUGUAGGAACUCAAUUAGAGAAUUGUUUCCAGUUAUUCCUUA